AUGUCGACUUGCGCAAGGAACCCAGAAUCGAAAAGUGACGGGAUUGCAGGUAGUCCUCGUACGACGAAGAGUCGAGUCCUUGAAGCUGGCGCUUCAAUGGUGCAAGACUUUACACCGGUCAAGCAAAUAUGUGCUCAUCUCAAUGCAUUUCACGUCUACGCCAACGACCCAACUCGAUGCGUCGAAGCCAACCACUACUGCACGCAUUUGACAGAAGAUGUCCGACAAUGCCUUAUCUAUGACUCCCCCGAAUCCAAUGCUCGUCUGAUCGGCGUCGAAUACAUGGUCUCGCCACGCAUAUUUGUCACUCUUCCACCCGAAGAGCGGAAGUUAUGGCAUACGCAUGAAUUUGAAGUUAAGAGCGGUAUGCUCGUUAUGCCGGCCCCAGCAGGCGUACCUACCGCCGUGUGGGAAGCUGCCGAGACGGCUGAGAUGGCAGAUGUUGCCCCGAUUUAUGGAAAGACAUAUCAUUUCUGGCAGGUCGAUCGUGGAGAUAUAGUACCAAUGGGUCCACCGCAGUUAAUGGGUAGCUUUACGACACCUGAUAGCGUGAAGCUAGCUCACGAAGGCGGUUUAGAUGGGCUGCUGAAAGAUCGCAACGAGAGGUUUGGGGUCGACCAUCAUCAGAAGGCGAAGAAGCGAGAGGAUAUUCCACCCGUUGAGAAACAUCCUGCAACAACUUCUCGAAGCUCGAAGCAUGUGCUCGAGGAACUCUCCAUGGACCGUCUUUUGCGAUCAGCGCUGAGGCUUCAGCGGGGUACCAUUGCCCGGUAUGCCCUCAAUGGCACAGGCUUGUUCUGCGCCAUCUCUUUGUUCUGGGAGCACGUCGUGACAGUGCAACUCAGCGAGGGACCUUCGAUGUAUCCGACCUUCAAUCCUCGAGGCGACUGGCUCGUCAUCUCACGACUACACACCAAUGGUAAAGGAAUCCAAAUCGGCGACGUGGUGCGGUUUAAUCAUCCGACGUUCCUCGGCACACACGCAGCCAAGCGGGUGGUGGGAAUGCCCGGGGACUUCGUCUGUCGUGACCAAGCGUUUAGCGAGGAAGCUGGGAAACAAAUGGAUAUGAUUCGGGUCCCCGAGGGUCACGUAUUCCUUGUCGGCGACAACCUUCCCUGGUCGAGAGACUCGCGACAAUUCGGCCCGGUGCCUCUCGGACUUAUCAAUGGCAAAGUUGUUGCACGACUCUGGCCGAAGUUGGAGUGGGUGGAAAAUACCAUGCAGCCCGCGCAAUUGGACUAA